UUUUGCUUUUACCUCAAAUAGGAAAACAAAAACUUACCUUAUUUUGACAUUCGAAAAACAAAAAUGAUAGAUAUGAUCAUGAAAGCAACUUAACAUAACUUUUCUUUUCUUUGCUUUGCUUAGUGGUGGACUCCUCACUUUGGAACAACCUCAAACAAAAUGCUAUGUCCCAAACAACAUGUUCUUCUUAAACUCUUCAACAAUGUCUCAUCCUCUUUCCAACUUCUCUUCUUGCUACUCUUUUCUAUUGCCAUUUUUCUUCUCACUUUCUUAACCUUCACCGGUCGAUUCCCCUUAAUCCAAAGGGAUCAAGAAUAUGAAUAUGUGUUUUCGGACGAUGAAGAGGAGGAAGAAGAAGAAGACGACGAUGAAGAAACUCGAGAGAAUUAUUCUUGUGUUGUUUCGUGUGACAAGGUAGAGCGUCGAAUGACUCAUUCUAGUAAUUCUGAAGAGUUCAUUACUCCGCGAGAGAGUUUCGUUGAAGACUUAGAAGAAAAUGUUUGUUAUGAAACAUUGUCUAUUCAUAACUCGCCACAAGUUUCUGAUUUUGAAAACGAAGGGACUAAAGCGUUUCGAGAAGAAUUUCAAUCGAGAAAUGUUGUUGAUUCUGUUCCAAGUUAUGUUCAAUUUGAAAGUAGUCCAACCUCUUCCAUGAUCAACUUGAACCUAUACAAAAGUAACAAAAACUAUAAAGAUGAUCAAGUUGGUGUUGGAAUAAUUAAAAAUAAAAAAGUGCAAGAAACAAGCCAUGCAAGGGAUGAGAGAUUCUUUGUUUUUCCUUCUAAACAAUUGAAUAGUAAGAAGAUGAUUGUUGAUGAAGAAAAAGAUAAUGAUGAUGAUGAUGAUUCUACUUGCUCCUCUUAUGAAUACAGAAGCUCAAUUCAUAGCAGGGAUUCAGCAACGGAUGAUGAAUUUUCUGCUUCAUCUAGAAGAAGUUGCCCUAAGUGGGAAUCAUAUACUUUGUUUGAAAAAUAUGAUGAAGAAAAUGCAUUCUUAGACCGAAUUAAUGCGCAAAAUAAACUUCACGAAACCGAGUCUUUAAGAUCAAUCAAAAUGUCACCAAGAUCGAUAUCAGAGCGAAUUGCGAGCAAGUUUUCGACUAUAAACAAAAAGCCGACCGACGUAGGUCAUAAUCCAUAUCAUGAACUAGAGGCUGCAUAUGUUGCGCAAAUUUGCUUAACAUGGGAAGCUCUUAGUUGGAACUACAUAAAUUUUCGUUCCAAACACGCGUCACAAUCGCGACAUAAUCUCGAUGUCGGCUGUUCUGCAUUGAUUGCACAACAAUUCCAGCAGUUUCAGGUUUUGUUGCAGAGAUACAUAGAGAAUGAGCCUUAUGAGCAUGGCAGAAGACCUGAAAUCUAUGCUAGGAUGAGACUUCUUGCACCAAAGUUGCUCCUAGUGCCCGAAUAUCACGAUUCAGAGGAAAAUCAGAUGGAAAGUGAUUUGAUAUCUUCAGCUUCAUUUCUUAAGAUAAUGGAAGGUGGGAUCAACACAUUCAUGAAUUUUCUGAAAGCUGAUAAAGAAAAAUCAUGUGAGAUCCUAACACAUUACUUUAGGAGAAGCAAAAGAAGCAUGGUUGAUCCAACACUACUCAAGCUAAUGAAGAAAGUUAAUCAAAAGAAGAGGGUGAAGGUUAAGGAUAUAAGCCAUUCAGGAAAAGGAUUGAAAAGGAGAAAGUUAAAGGUGGAAGAAGAGAUUGAAAUGUUAAUGGGACUAAUAGACUUAAAAGUGGUGUCAAGGGUUUUGAGAAUGGAAGAAUUAAGUGAAGAAAAAUUGCAUUGGUGUGAAAAAAAGAUGAGUAAAGUGAGAGUUGUGAAAGGGAAACUUUGUAGGGACUAUUCAACUCCACUUUUCUUUCCUUCAAAUUGAUUGCACCAUCAUCAUUAUUUGGUCAUUGGACAAAAAAGGAAAAUGGAACAUGAACACUCAUCAAAUAACAAACAUUUGGAGUCUUAAUUACAAUGAAAAGAGGGAUGAAGUAUGAUGAAUGUUUAUGUUACUGAAGGAUUUUGGAAGUGAGAGAGAAGAGACUAGAGAGAGAAAAAUGUGACAAUGAAGAUACUAGGCUAGUGAACUAGCUUGCUUACUUAGGAGAUUAUGUCAAAUUUGAGAUGUGAAUAAAGACAGGAUAAAGGUGGGAAAAUUUGGGGAAUAAAUACACUCCUUCAAUGGCAAGGUUACAACUUUGUAUUUGUAUUUUUCAAUUUUGUAAUUCUAUACUUGUUGAAUUAAACUUAUAGAAAUAUAGUUCAUGUAAUAAAAAAAUUGACAAUAAUUUGUUUAUAAUCAU